CUUUGCCGCAAAGUCCUCCUUUACUCCACACACGCUUCUAAGCCUCGGCACAUCUCCUCACAUCGCUACUAACUACACUUUAUUCAUCCUCCGUGUCAGGAUAAACUCCACUCGUCUCAGUCAACUUUGGAGAUUAUUAGGCCCGCUUAUCUUGCUAGUUGUUUUAGCGCGCUAGUUAGCUUAGCGUGCUAGUUAGCUUAGCUUGUUAGCUGCUAACAAAGAGACGCGGAUUUGAUCAACACAUCGCUUAGUUAAGAUCAAGUGUGAGUGUAAAGUGUUGUGAUUGUGUGAAAAUGUGCGAAAGAACGAUAGCAGAGUACAAAGAGGAACUUUCUCGAACAAAAGAAGAGAACAAAAGACGACGUCAACUACUGGAGGCUGUUUUCAAGAAAGCUCAAGUUGUGUUACACAGAACAGACGUCUGUGAAGAACAUCUUCACCCUGAGCAACAGAAGUGGAGCUUCAGGAUGCGGACGGAGGAGCCACAGCCCUCUCACAUUAAGAAGGAAGAGGAAUACCCACUGAUCCCCCAUUUUAAAAAGGAAGAGGAGGACCCACUGACACCCCAUUUUAAAAAGGAAGAAGAGGACCCACCGACACCCCAUUUUAAAGAGGAAGUGGUAGAUCCACUGAGCCCUCACAUUAAGGAGGAAGAGGUGGAUCCACUGACACCCAAUUUUAAAGAGGAAGAGGAGGACCCACUGACACCCAAUUUUAAAGAGGAAGAAGAGGACCCACUGACACCCCAUUUUAAAGAGGAAGUGGUGGAUCCACAAGGCCCUCACAUUAAAGAGGAAGAGGAGGAACACAGCAUCAGUCAGCAGGGAGAGCAUCUUGAAGGACUGGAGGAGGUUGAUGUCACCAAGAUGCCAGUGACUGGUGUCCCUGUGAAGAGUGAAGGUGAUGAGGUCAAAGGUGAAAGUGAGGAGAAGAGAGAGGCGGAGCCUCCAAGCAGCAGCUCAACUCAACACAUGACAACAGAAGCUGAUGGAGACCACUGUGGAGGAUCACAAGCAGACAAGCUCUUAGCUCCACUAUCAGAUAGUGAGGACACAACGUCACACUCUCCUGACACUGAUGAUGAACACUCUAAAGAUGAUAAGACAUGUCACACUGACAACACACACUUCACAUGUUCUCACUGUGACAAAACUUUUAAAUACCCUAGUCACCUGAAAUUACACAUGAGAAUACACACUGGAGAAAAACCUUUUUCCUGCUCAGAAUGUGGUAAAAGUUUUGCAAUAAAUAAAAUUUUUAAAUUCCACAUGAGAACACACACUGGAGAAAAACCUUUUUCAUGUUCAAUCUGCGGUAAAGAUUUUACCCAAAGGACCCAUUUCAAAACACACAUGAGAAUACACACUGGAGAAAAACCUUUUUCAUGUUCAAUCUGCGGUAAAGAUUUUACUCAAAGGACCCAUUUCAAAACACACAUGAGAAUACACACUGGAGAAAAACCUUUUUCAUGUUCAAUCUGCGGUAAAGAUUUUACUCAAAAGCCCCAUUUCCAAAAACACAUGAGAAUACACACUGGUGAAAAUCCUUUUUCAUGUUCAAUCUGCGGUAAAGAUUUUACUCGAAGGGACCAUUUAAAAAAACACACGAGAACACACACUGGUGAAAAACCUUUUAUAUGUUCAGUAUGUGAUAAAAGUUAUAUAGAAAGACAUCAAUUAAAAGUACACAUGAGAACGCACUCUGGUGAAAAACCAUACUCCUGUUCAAGCUGCAACAAAAGCUUCCGUUACCUAAACACUCUUACAGCACACAUGAGAACACACACAGGAGAGAAAGUGUUGAGUUGCAGUGUGUGUGGUGAAAGAUUCUCUUCUAAGUACCAGUGUAAGAAACACAAGUGUGCUGGUGAGAACAACAGCAGCAAAUGAAGAUGCAGGAUUUGAAAUAAACUGUCAACACUUUAACUUUGACCUUCUAACAACAUCAGCACAUAGAACAUGUGUGACAUCAUUGUUGUGUGUGUAACACUAUCUUGUUAUUAUGCUUAUAACAUUUAUAGAUUAGACACUUCAGAUUAGUGCUUUUAUUUCAGUCAAGUACAUGAGUUAAUAUACACAUUUGUGUACUUUAAAAUGAGCAGAACAAUUUGACUGAAAAGGUGAGAAUAAACAGUACAUAAAAUGUGUUACAGUAGACCUUUUAUGUGUAGAUAUUCAUAAUUCACUUUCAUACUUAAUCAUACGUGUUUUUGUAUAGGUUUUUCGAAAUAAUGAAGGGUUACAUAUUUUAUGUUCUAAUUCUAGAUGAUUCCAUAGAUGAACUCCUUUAUAUGAUAUACAUAUUUGUUUUGCAUGUGUUCAUACCUUUGCUUUUGAGUACACAUAAAUCCCUCUUAGUUCAUAUUUACUGGUUCACAUCUGAAACAUCUUCUGGACCACUUCUGGAAGCAUAUUAUUAUUACUUUAUACAUCAUUUGAACAGUUGUCUUUUAUACAAUUUUAAAAAUGUGUGACUUUAUGAAUCAUUUGUUGGGUCUCUAUAAUCCAUUCUAUUAAUUGUCUUUAUUACUCUCUUGUGUAAUAUGAAUAUUGUUGUGUGAUUGUUUUAUAUGUAUGUCCCCAGACCUUUAUGCAAUAAACAAUGUAUGCUUCAACUAAAGUUGGGUAC